UUAUAAUUUAAUCAGUACGAAAAUUAAUUAAAGAGAAGAGUGUUGUAAUCGUAAAAAAUUCGCGUCAAAUCGGACGCUAUGAUAAUUAAACUUCUUCUACUGGGCCUCGUAGGUCUAUCCUACGCCAGGCCACAGUUGGAAUGUCCUAACGACGGCCAACAAUACCUGAUACCCCACGAAACCGAAUGUAACCAGUACUACAUAUGCGAAAAUGGACGGCGUGUUGCGUGGUCGAAAUGUCCGAAACAAACGUUCUUUUCGUCGGAAAAUCAGAGCUGCGGUGAUUUUCUUGCUUCGAACUGUAACCCCAGAAGAGGCCGAGAUGGGGAAGAUGGCGAAGAUGGCAAGAAUGGGGAAAACGGUGGUGGUCACGCCGGUCUUGGUGGGGCUAAAGGCCUAUCUGGUGGCGUAAAUGGUGGUAACGGUGGCAACGGCGGAAAUGGAGGCAAUGGAGGUGAUGGCGAUGGAGCCGGAAGUGGUGGAAAUGGUGGUGGUGGCGGUAACGGAGGAAAUGGCUCCGGUGCUGGCAACGGUGGUAAUGGAGGAGGUGGCGGUAACGGAGGAAAUGGCUCCGGUGCUGGCAACGGUGGUAAUGGAGGAAGUGGCGGUAAUGGUGGAAAUGGUGGAGAUAGCUCUGGUGCCGGAAAUGGAGGCAACGGAGGAAACGGCGGAAAUGGUGGAAAUGGUGGGGAAAACUCUGGUGCCGGAAAUGGAGGCAACGGAGGAAACGGCGGUAAUGGUGGAGGCGGAGGUAACGGUGGCAAUGGAGGAAGUGGUGGAAACGGCGGAAAUGGCGGAGGUGGUGGAAACGGAGGAAAUGGUGGAGGUGGAGGUAAUGGUGGCAAUGGAGGAAGUGGUGGAAACGGAGGAAAUGGUGGAAAUGGAGGCAACGGUGGAGGUGGUGGUAAUGGAGGCAACGGUGGAGGUGGUGGUGAUGGCGGCAACGACGAUGGAGGCAAUGGAGGAGGUGAUGGAAAUGAAAGUGAAGGAGACGAUGAAACCGGAAGUGAAGGUGGUAGCGGCGGUGGUAAUGAUUCAGGCACUUACCCAAAUGGCUGCCCGAAAGAUUACACAGUAGAGAAACUUCUCCCACAUCCGGAUUGUGAUAAAUUUUACCAAUGUGUACAUGGAGAUUAUCAAGAAAUGCCAUGCGCCCUUGGUACUCAGUUCAGCUACCGUUUGCAGAACUGCACCUGGCCAUACCUGUCCGACUGUGGUGACAAUGAAAGCAAUGGUGGCGGCGGAAAUGGAGGCGGAAAUGGAGGAGGAAAUGGAGGCGGAAAUGGUGGCGGAAACAACACCGAUUAUGAAACGUACCCAAACGGCUGUCCCACAGACUACUCAAUCGAAAAGUUGUUCCCUCACGCUGAUUGCGACAAGUUCUACCAGUGUGUACACGGUGACUACCAAGUAAUGCCAUGCGCUCCUGGUACACAGUUCAGCGACAAAUUACAGAAAUGCACUUGGCCAAACCAAUCUGAUUGCGGUGAAGACAGUGGAAACGGUGGUGGUGGAAAUGGAGGCGGUGAGGGCGGAAAUGGAGGCGGUGGUGGUAAUGGAGGUGGUGGUGGAAACGGAGGCGGAAAUGGAAAUAAUACCGACUAUGAAACAUAUCCCAACGGUUGUCCUAAAGACUACAGCAUUGAAAAGCUGUUUCCUCAUCCUGACUGCGACAAAUUCUACCAGUGUGUCCACGGUGGCUACCAAGUAAUGCCAUGCGCACCUGGUACUCAAUUCAGCUACAAGCUGCAGAAAUGUACAUGGCCCCAUCUUUCUGACUGCGGUGACGGUGGGAACGGUGGCGGCGGUGGAGGUGGAGAAGAUGGUGGAAGCGGAGGUGGAGAUGGUGGAAACGGAGGUGGUGGCGGAGGUAGUGGAGAUGGUGGAAACGGAGGUGGAGGUGAUGGCGGAAACGGUGGUGACGGCGGCAAUGGUGGAGAUGGCGGCAAUGGUGGAGAUGGUGGCAACGGAGGUGACGGCGGUAGCGGAGGCGACGGUGGUAAUGGCGGAGAUGGUGGUAACGGAGGUGACGGCGGUAAUGGUGGAGAUGGUGGAAAUGGAGGAGAUGGUGACGGCGGCAAUGGUGGAGAUGGUGGAAAUGGUGGAGAUGGCGGAAAUGGCGGAGAUGGUGGAAACGGAGGUGACGGCGGCAAUGGUGGAGAUGGUGGAAAUGGAGGUGACGGCGGCAAUGGUGGAGAUGGUGGAAACGGAGGUGGAGGUGAUGGCGGAAACGGAGGUGACGGUGGAAACGGAGGUGACGGCGGCAAUGGUGGAGAUGGUGGAAAUGGAGGUGACGGCGGCAAUGGUGGAGAUGGUGGAAACGGAGGUGGAGGUGAUGGCGGAAACGGAGGUGACGGUGGCAAUGGUGGAGAUGGUGGAAAUGGAGGUGACGGCGGCAAUGGUGGAGAUGGCGGAAAUGCCGGAGAUGGUGGAAACGGAGGUGAUGGCGGCAAUGGUGGAGAUGGUGGCAACGGAGGUGACGGCGGUAACGGAGGCGACGGUGGUAAUGGAGGUGGAGGUGAUGGCGGAAACGGAGGUGACGGUGGCAAUGGUGGAGAUGGUGGAAACGGAGGUGAUGGCGGCAAUGGUGGUGGAGGUGACGGCGGUAAUGGUGGAGAUGGUGGAAAUGGAGGUGAUGGCGGAGGUAAUGGCGGAGAUGGUGGAAACGGAGGUGACGGCGGCAAUGGUGGAGAUGGCGGCAAUGGUGGAGAUGGUGGCAACGGAGGUGACGGCGGUAACGGAGGCGACGGUGGUAAUGGAGGUGGAGGUGAUGGCGGAAACGGAGGUGACGGUGGCAAUGGUGGAGAUGGUGGAAAUGGAGGUGACGGCGGCAAUGGUGGAGAUGGUGGUAAUGGAGGUGAUGGCGGAGGUAAUGGCGGAGAUGGUGGAAACGGAGGUGACGGCGGCAAUGGUGGAGAUGGCGGCAAUGGUGGAGAUGGUGGCAACGGAGGUGACGGCGGUAACGGAGGCGACGGUGGUAAUGGAGGUGAUGGUGACGGUGGCAAUGGUGGAGAUGGUGGAAAUGGUGGAGAUGGCGGAAAUGGCGGAGAUGGUGGAAACGGAGGUGACGGCGGCAAUGGUGGAGAUGGUGGAAAUGGAGGUGACGGCGGCAAUGGUGGAGAUGGUGGAAACGGAGGUGGAGGUGAUGGCGGAAACGGAGGUGACGGCGGCAAUGGUGGAGAUGGUGGAAAUGGAGGUGACGGCGGCAAUGGUGGAGAUGGUGGAAACGGAAGUGGAGGUGAUGGCGGAAACGGAGGUGACGGCGGUAAUGGUGGAGAUGGUGGAAAUGGAGGUGGCGGCGGCAAUGGUGGAGAUGGUGGAAAUGGAGGUGACGGCGGUAAUGGUGGAGAUGGUGGAAACGGAGGUGGAGGUGAUGGCGGAAACGGAGGUGACGGUGGCAAUGGUGGAGAUGGUGGAAAUGGAGGUGGCGGCGGCAAUGGUGGAGAUGGUGGAAAUGGAGGUGACGGCGGCAAUGGUGGAGAUGGUGGAAACGGAGGUGGAGGUGAUGGCGGAAACGGAGGUAACGGUGGCAAUGGUGGAGAUGGUGGAAAUGGAGGUGACGGCGGCAAUGGUGGAGACGGCGGCAAUGGUGGAAAUGGUGGCAAUGGUGGAGAUGGAGGCAAUGGUGGAAAUGGAGGUGGAGGUGAUGGCGGUAACGGAGGUGACGGCGGCAAUGGUGGAGGUGGUGGAAACGGUGGUGAUGGAGGCAAUGGUGGUGGCGGUAAUGAAGCUAACAGAUGCAAAGAGAACUGCCAUGUUCCAUUCUGGAGACAUGAAACCGACUGUGACAAAUUCUGGCGAUGCGACAAUAACGAAGUUGUUCUUGGAGUUUGUUCUGAAGGCCUUAGGUUUAAUGAGGAAAAGCAGACCUGUGACUUCUCCUGCAACGUUGAUUGCCAGAGGGCUGAUAUUCAGUCCACUGCUACCAUUGAUGGCUUAAAGGUAUUCCUUCCAUGGAACAAAGUUGACUCCCUUCUAGAAAUCGCUAAAAACACCAAGAAAAUAAACAAUCGCUCAUACUACGGGUACUAAAAUAUAUUUAAAAAUAAUUUGUCCAAAACACUCAAAAUGAUUGUAUAGAAAACGUUGUUAUUUUUUAUUAAAUUGUUAAUGUGAA